AUAUUGAGGUUUCAAGCUGGCAGCCGAAUGUAUCACACACGAAUGAAUAUAACAAAUUAUCUUAUCGAAAUUGAUAACGUUCGGACUAGUUGGCAAAAUUCGGCGAGAUUCCGAGAGGAUAAGACAAUUUUUUGGUAGCAGAUCGAAAUGGCAACUGAUGGCAAGAGACACGUAGCACUAAUCACUGGCAUUACCGGACAAGAUGGUUCCUACUUAGCUGAAUUUUUAUUGGAAAAAGGAUAUGAUGUGCAUGGUAUAAUCAGAAGAGCUAGUUCUUUUAAUACCGCUAGGAUUCAACAUCUAUAUGCAGAUCCAAAAUGCCACCGCCAAGGCAAAAUGAAACUUCACUAUGGUGAUAUGACAGAUUCCAGUAGCUUAAUUAAAGUAAUUAGUUCUGUACAGCCGACAGAAAUUUACAAUCUUGCUGCUCAAAGUCAUGUUAUGGUAAGUUUCGAAGUAAGUGAAUACACUGCUGAAGUAGAUGCAGUAGGAACAGUUAGAUUAUUGGAUGCAAUACGUACCUGUGGUCUUGAAAAAUCUGUAAAAUUUUACCAUGCAUCAACAUCUGAGCUUUACGGCAGGGUGACUGAAGUACCUCAAAAUGAAAAAACUCCAUUUUAUCCUCGUUCACCAUAUGCUUGUGCAAAAUUAUAUAGCUUCUGGAUUGUGGUAAACUAUAGAGAAGCAUAUAAUAUGUUUGCAUGUAAUGGUAUAUUAUUCAAUCACGAAAGCCCUCGUAGAGGGGAAAACUUUGUUACAAGAAAAGUAACUAGAUCUAUAGCAAAAAUACACUUAGGUUUGCAAGAUGUUCUGGAAUUAGGAAAUUUAGAUGCUAAACGAGAUUGGGGACAUGCAAAAGAUUAUGUUGAAGCGAUGUGGUUGAUGUUACAACAGCCAAUUCCAGAUGAUUAUGUUAUAGCAACAGGAGAAACACAUAGUGUCAGAGAGUUUGUGGAAGCAGCGUUCCAAUAUGUAGGUCGCACUAUUAAAUGGGAAGGUGAAGGUGUAAAUGAAAUAGGACAAGAUGCACAAACAGGACAAUUAUUGGUUAAAAUAAAUCCUAAAUAUUUUCGUCCGACGGAAGUAGACGUACUCCUGGGUGAUGCUAGUAAAGCAAAAGAAAAAAUUGGUUGGAAACCUACUGUUACGUUUGAGGGUCUUGUUAAGGACAUGAUGGAUUCUGAUUUAGAACUAAUGACGAAAAAUCCAAAUGCUUAAAAUCAUUUCUUAUCAGUGAUAGAAGUGCAUUUUCAAAAUACAUUUUAUGUCUCUGUGAGACAAUAAUAUUAAGUAAUAUAUUUACUAUACAUAAUGUAAGAAUUCUAGAUGUCAUUUUGUAAUAUUAAGAUAUUCCUAAGUAGACAUAAACAAGCUUUUUACUACUUGCAGGUAUUCUAUCAUUUAAGAUAUUAAAGAAAUAUCUUUAUAUGUUAUCUGAACUAGGAUAUAUAAUUAUAUACAAUAAUAUGUAAUAUAUGUGGAUACUAAAUGUUAUUUAAUUUCAUUAGAUAUAAUCUACAUAUAUCA